UCCAUCUAGUCGUCAGAGCCACGUGGCUGCACAAAGAAGCUGUGUGGCUGUGGAACAAACUAUUCAAGCAACUGAGAGCUAGCUAGUUACCAUGGGCAACAGAGCGAGCUGUGAAGAGAGGGGCCUCCCUCCACUUCCACCACUGACAGCAGUUCCCCCCAAAGUGCCGGAGAAGAUCACGAGGUCAGAGGUCACAGAGACUUCACUACCCAAUCCAGGCGAUUUCGAGGAAAUUGGAAAAAAAGCGAAAGAGCAACUCUCCCCACAAGCUUUUGAUGGUGCGAAGAUCGUGAUUCAGAAAGGGCUGAGUCGGCACUUUCAAACGAUGCACACCCUCACACUCGCCUCCUCCACACAACCCUCGCAAUGGCAGUUCGGAGCAACUUUUGUCGGAAGCAAAAAACUAGGGGACAACGAUUUUCGGCCGGUGCUCAUUGGGGACAUGUCCAACAGUGGCAGCUUCACAGCGCUCUGUCUGCAUCAAUUCGGCAAUCUAAAAGUUAAAGUCAACCUUCAGACUCAGCAGUCGCGCUGGGUAGGUUACCAAGGCACUGCGGACUAUGUCGGACAAGACUUCACGGCCUCUGCCACUCUGGCCAAUCCUAAUAUCCUCACUGGCAGUGGAGUGUUAGUGGCCCAGUACCUGCAGUCAGUCACGUCCAGGUUAGCGCUGGGAAGUGAGAUGCUGUAUCAGCGUAGUAGUGACGGUAUGCAGAACGCUGUCAUCUCAUUAGGCGGCUACUAUCGAGCACCGGAAUGGGAGGCUACAGCAAAGAUUGGACUCCAUUCCGUUAGCCUCGGAUACCAUCAGAAGUUUAAGGACUACUUCACUCUAGUGUGUGACUUGGAAGGAAGUUUGAUGCAGGGUGAGAGUGUUGCUGGGAUUGGCUAUCGACUGGAGCUUGGUGGAAUGACAAUGAAAGGAAAAGUUGAUUCCCACGGCGUCGUGAGUGCAGUUCUGGAGAAACGUCUCGAUCCCAUUCCAGCUACCCUCAUGCUUAGCGGACAACUGAACCAUUGGACUGACGAUAGUAGAUUUGGAAUUAGCAUUAUGGUUGGCUAGUAGCUCUAGCACUCGUGUAUAUAAAUUGUGUUGACUCAUGUACCUCAUGCAGAUGUAAUAUUUUGUUACAAUUAUAUAUAGUUUACUGAUCAUGAUUGAUAUUUAUUAUUUUGAAUAA